AUGGCGGAUACUCGCUGUGCAGACGUGGAGCUCCAACUGGAUGUCGAUGUGAUGAUCUUGGAAUAUGCGCUUUACCAGGCCACGAAGGCGCGACUCGAGGCCUUCGAAUGUGGAGACGAAGACAAGAACCUCGAGGCAACGAGGCUAGUGUUGAUCUUCGACGCGUUCAUUCAUCUCUUCAACCAAAGCCAUCCAGACUAUGAGAAAUCUCCUCAACUCUUGUUCAAUCUUAAAAUACUUGAGUUCCUCGUCCUGUUUUCAGCUGUCCGCUCUGGGGAUUUCUCGGCGAAUCAUGCCCAGCACUUACAGAAGGAAGCCGCUCGGAACUACGAAGUACGCCAAAGAUGGUUGGCUGCGAGAACUUCGACACAUGGCGACCUUUGCUUCCGUCUUGAGCGCCAGGUUUAUUCGAAGUGGGAGCAAAGCGUCCUCAAUCCAGAUAUCGAUCAUGAUGGCUCGUUUUGGAGCCUUUUCCAUCUUCUCCCAAGGUUCAUGGAGAUCUCAGCCGAAAUCGCCAGUCUCCUGAGCGGAGACCCGAACGAGAAAUGGAUGGACAUUGCUGGCGAAUUUCUGCUUCAGACCAGUGUUGAUUGCCUUCGUUCACCGAUUGACAUCGGAAUCGCGGAUGAUGCUUUCGUUGUUGCGCCAGGGCUGGAAACCUGUUUCGCUUGGGGCUUCGUCAGCUACGAGCUGGUACGCCCUGAUAUCCCGCAAGAUCAGCAAGAGCUGGAUGUAGCGAUCAAUGAAUUAUUUCGCCGCUCUUCAGAUCGUUCCAAUGAGCUCUUGAACGAGGAAAACCCGCUGUGGACAAAAAUUCGAGCUAAAUAUCUAUCAGAAUUCAUGAUCACCGAUGAUGCAUCCGUGCAGUCGCAGGAAUGGCGCCUCGAGCGCCUCACACAAGCCUAUCCACUAGACGAGUUCCACGAUAAAGUAGUGAACUACAUAGAAAACGUGUGGGACCAUCACUGCCAGUGCUAUGGGAUUCCCGUCUUAGCUGAGAUCGAACAAGGCCAUGUUCGAAGCCUUGAGAUCGAGGGCCAGGACUUUGAUAACUUCAUGGCGAAAGUGGGAUUGAGGAAGGAC